AAUGUUGAACUUUUGGUGCGACCCAGCGGUAUUGUAAUAACAAGUUUUAAUAUUUGAAUAUAAUUUAUUGAAUUAUUAUGUCAGACUCCGGGAUUGCUGAUGUGGAGGACGAUAUGGAUAAUGACCAAGACAUGGAUAGUUUUUCAAAUUCUCCUGAAAGAUCAUCUGACGAAGAAGAUGCCGAUGAAGAAAAAGUUGAAGAAAUUCAAAAGCAGGUGGAUGCAAGUCCUUACACCUAUGAACUUCACGUUGAACUGAUUUCAUUGUGUCGAAAAUUAGGGGAUCUAGCAAAACUUCGUGCAGCCCGUGAAAAGAUGAGUCAAAUAUUUCCUUUGUCUUCAGAGUUAUGGUUAGACUGGUUAACUGAUGAAAAGAAUAUAGCAUCUACUCCCGAACAGAAAGAAGAUGUUGUAAAACUUUUUGAAAGAGCUAUCAAAGAUUAUGCUUCUGUUUCAGUUUGGUUAGAAUACGUUCAGUUUUCUAUUGGCAAUAUUGGAGAUACAUGGACUCAAAGUGGCAUUGAAAAUGUGCGUCAAGUGUUUGAAAGAGCUAUUACUGCCAUUGGACUUCAUGUUGCUCAAGGCUGUUUAAUAUGGGAAGCUUAUAGAGAAUUUGAAUCAAUUUAUUUGCUCUCUUUGAAGAAUAAAAGUUAUAGUAUAGAUGAGUUAGAAGAACAAGAAAGUAAAAUCUAUAAUUUAUUCAAGAGACAGCUUUCAAUUCCUUUAUUAGAUAUGGAGAAAACCUAUAAAGAGUUUAAAGAGCAGUUUGGUGAUAUGGUCAGGGAUGACACUGCAUCAAUUGAAGCAUCCUAUGCAAAAUCUUUGAAGAAGUUAAGUCAGCUUAAUGUAUUCGAAGAUGCAUUGUAUGUUUCUGAUCCACCACAUUAUGAAGAUUACAAAGCCUACAUUGAAUAUGAAAAGAAAGAGGGUGAGCCUGUUCGUGUACAGAAUAUUUAUGAACGAGCAAUACUAGAAAACUGUUUGAAAGAAGAACUGUGGCUAGAUUAUACAAAGUAUAUGGAUCAAGUGUUGAAAAUUGAGGACUUAUCACUUCCAGUUCAUGAACGUGCUGUACGCAACUGUCCGUGGUGUGUGCAGCUAUGGACAGGUUAUUUAAGAGCUUUGGAGCGCUUUGGAAAACCUCAUGAAAAAAUCUUAGAAAUCUGUAAAGUUGCCUUAGAUAUAGGAUACACUAAAGCUGAGGACUACAAAGAAUUAUGGUUUGCCCAUAUUGAUUACCUUAGGCGAAGAAUGAAUAAAGUUGAAAGUAAUUCUGAAGAAUAUAUGAAAGCAAUAUCUACUGUCUUCGGUGAAGCUCUGGAGCAGAUGAAACUUUAUUUUUGGGGCAGCGAAUCUGAAUAUGCUAUUAUGAAAUAUUGGAUCUUUUUCACUGUAAAAUACAAGAAAGAUGUUGAUAGUGCUAGAAAAUUAUGGAAGGAUUUAAUUGAUCAUGGCCACCGAGAAAAAGCACAAGUUUGGUUAGAAUUUGUAAACUUUGAAAAGUUAUAUGGUGAUGCCACGAACUACCGAAAGGUCCUUUUCCAAGCCUUAGCAUGUGUGAGUGACUGGCAUGAAACAUUUGUUGAUCUUAUUCUAACCUAUGAGCGUGAAGAAGGCACGCUAGAAACAUUUGAAAAGGCCUUAUUAAAAUGUGAAACUCUUAUGCAGCAUUUAAAUGAAAAAAGAAUGAAGAAACUAGAGCAAGAAGCCAAUGACAUGAAGGAUAGGCACAGUAAGGACCGGAAAGUAAAGCGACAUCAUGCACAAAAGGCUUCUAGGAACGACAGUGCAGGAAAGUUGGAUUCAAAUAUAUCAGUUCAAAUGGAUGCUGAAGGCUUUAAAAUUCCACCACUUCCCGAUAAAGUUUUUCACUCACCAGAAAGCAAAAAUGAAACUAACAGCAGCAUAGAAGUGGAGAAAAGAAAACGAGUUUCUGAUGAAGAAGAUGAACCUAAAUCUAAAAGAAAAAAAGAGGAAAAGGAAACAUCUGAAGGUCAUGGUGUUUCUGUUCAACACGAUCCAUCUAAAGACAACAGAACUGUUUUUCUUAGUAAUUUAUCUUAUCAAAUUGAUGAAGAAAAACUUAGAGACUGCUUUUCAAAAGUAGGCGAAUUAGAGGAAGUAAGGCUUGUAAAAGAUUACAAAGGUCGAUCAAAAGGAUUCUGUUAUGUAGUCUACAAAUCUGAAGAAGAUGCUAAGAAAGCUUUGACAAAAGAUCGUGAAAUGUUAGACGGCAGACCAAUGUUAGUUUCCCCUUGUGAAGAUAAAAAGAAUAGAUUGUCUUCUCAAUCAAAGUUUAAGUUUAGCCUAGGCCUAGAAAGGAAUAAACUUUUCAUAAAAAAUCUUCCAUUUUCAACAACAAAAGAAGACUUGGAAAACAUGUUUAAAGAGUAUGGUUCCUUAAAAGAAGUGAGAAUAGUUACUUAUAGAAAUGGACAUUCCAAAGGUCUCGCAUAUGUUGAAUAUCAAGAUGAGGCAUCAGCAUCCAAUGCAGUAGUCAAAAUGGAUGGAACUCAAAUAAUGGAUCACAUCAUAUCAGUGGCUAUAAGUAAUCCUCCUCCCAGGAAACCCAAAAAAGAAUUCUCCAAUUUUUCAAUUUCUGAUUCCCUUGGUGGUGGCUCAUCUGUCAAAGGACCGCGGGGCCGUGGACGAACCCAGCUGUCUUUACUACCACGAUCUGUUAUGAGACCCUCUGCCGGAAACAAAUCUUCUACUUCUAAUCGCUUCCAAAAUGGACGAAAGUCAGAGACUGAAAAUAAUUCUGAAGGGAACAAACCACUUUCAAACAGUGAUUUUGCUGCUAUGUUGAAGAAAUAACUUAUUGUGUAUUGUCUGUGUGGAUGGUAAGAAAAGGGAUGUGUGUGUGAAAAGAAUGAACGUUUAACUAAUGCAUCUUUGGAAGGGUUUCUCAUGUGCUUAAAACAAAAGGUGUGGUAACUAUAACAUUGUUCUACAACUAUAUAACAUUGUUCUGUAUCUUUUACUUUGUAACAAAAUAAUCAUGUCAAAUUUAUCUUGUUACUUUUUUUGCGAUAGUUUUAAUUUGAAUUAUUUUGAAAGUUUAUAUCAAUGUAGCUUUUUUUUUCAUUAUUUAUCUCCAUUGAACCUCAUAACAUUAAUUCAUUGCAAUGUGUAUUUUUUGCCAUUUUAAUUUGUCUCCAUUUGUAAAGCAUUCUUCAAUUUUUCAACAACCACUUUCAUUAGCAUUUCUCAUUUGCUACUUGUUGGAAGAAGAGUGAAUUUCAUGUGUGCCUUUUGUGGCAUUAAUUCCUAUUGUAAAGUUGCCUGUGAAAUGUAUGUGUCAAAACAUUUGUACGAGUGUAAAUGUAAAAUAAAAUUAUACUUGUUAU